ACAUGUUGUUGGAGAGACGUUUAAACGACAAGUUUAAGUUGGAACAUCACCUUUUUCCAAUAUUUUGCCUCAUUUAUAGAGAACAGUAAAGGGAAGAAUUAGAUCUAAAAAUUAUCAGAAACUUAAAAUGGACAGUAUAGACAUUUUACUGCUGCUGGUCUUUCUCGCCAUCAGGUUAUUAGUGUUUGUUGCAGUCGCACUGUGGCGAAGUCUUGACGAAGGUGUUCGACAGGCCAACAGGCCUUCGAGACCAGUCGGUCCAAAGAAACCAACUACGUUUUUUAGUCCUGUCGUAUUUGCUCAAGAUAACUCUGGUACGUCAUCCAGUGUCACGUCCUCCGGUGACACGUGUUCCUUUGGCGCAUCUUCCUGUGACACGUCCUCCUGUUAAAGUCAUUUUUCAUACAAUACAGGCUUUGAAUUUAGAUUUUGUGCCUCAAUCUGCCCUACUUGGACACAUUUUUAUGACAAUUUUGAUACCAGUUCAUGUUCACAGGUUUUUUUCAGGGUGAAGGUUGCAUUGCUUUGAUAAAUCGUUAACAAAUUUUACAAGUUUGGAAGGGUCUUUUUUCUUCCAGGGUGAAAAUAGAAAUAAAUUUGCUACAAAAUGUGUAAUUAGUUAAAACUAACAUGGAAAAAUUUUAUUUAUCAUAGUCUAAGGUAUAUUCGAAGAGAAAAAAAACUAAUUAUUUUCACAUAUGAAGGUACUUUGAUUAUUUGCUGCGACAAAUAUUCGCAGAUAAAGCACUUUCUUUCUUUUUUGGCACAAAGUUGCCAAAUAUAUUGACCUAUGGGUCGUUCCGACCAUUCAUUAAUUUUGAUUUUUCUUUUGUUAUUUUUCAAUUAUCAACAUUAUGUAAGCUACAUAACACUUCAUAAUGGUACGAUGCAAUGAUGCAAUGAAUCAGUAAUUAGUCACAUACAAUUUUGUGCACGAGAAGAUUUUUUAUGAGAGGCAUCAUGUUGGGACCGGGUUGCAGGCUGCCCAAAUCAGUCUGGUUGUCAUGGAGAUGAUGACAGCAGUGGGAAAGUGGUGCACUCACAUGGAAUUUGUAUUUCAUUCUCGAAUCACAUGUUGCGCAUAUUGCUCAUUCAAUCUUUUGAGUAUCUAUUAAUUAAAUUCGGUUAUAUAAAACUUAUAUAAAAUCUAACCAUAUCGGGGCAAUAAUAAACCAAAUAUGUAUGUACGCCGCAAAUGGUUGACUAAAUUCAUGUAAAGGAUACCCCACACGGGUUAAAAGUUUGGGAUAUAGAAACGUCGAAGAAAACUGAGAUGUGAUCAUUCUUUUCAUUGGACGACUUAAUAAUUAAACUUUCUACUGUACAAUUUAACUAUUUUUUAUCUUCUUUUUAAAAUUUCUCGCUAUUUCUAAAAUAUCUCGGUAAAUCUGAAAAAUUAAAAUAUAACAAUAUUUUUGACGAAAAAGUGUUAUCUAAUCACAUUCCUCCUUCGAAAGUUUCGACUGAUUUGCAUUGAAACUUCGUUUUGACGUUUAAAAUUCAACCAAGACUCGAAUGAAAAUUAAAUAAGUUUGUCAAAUAAAAUGACAAAUCCGAGAAGGAGGAAUAAUCCACCAAACAAAUCCGACACGGAGACGAACGAGCGUGAGCAUGUCGUCCAAAUUAAACGGAAAGGCCGCAAAAGAAAUGGACGAGAUGAUAAGGCUACGUUCGGUGCUGUGAAAAAGAUUGGGUUAUCUUGUCUCGCUCUAGUCACGAUGAUAAUUGGAAUUGCCAUGUAUAAAACGUUUCUCAUCAAGCAGUUCGAAUUAGAAACGUUUCCCGACAAUGUUCCCGACUUCUCGGAUGAUUAUAGAACAACUGCCGAGUUGUUGAGGCUGAUCGUGGCCAAUGCGAAGGAUGUGAUACGCUUUGAGAAAGAGCUUGCAGAUUUUUCUGCUACUCGGGAGCUGGAUAAGUUUCUGGGGGAACAUAUUCGCCCCAUGCAGGAUAAACUGGCCUCACUCAAAAGCCAGACGGCCGGUUAUGAAAAGAUGGAACACAUUGCCGGAGGACCGACAAGUUUUAUCGAGUCGUCGACAAAAGAAUUAAUUCACAUGGAGGAUAACAUGGGUGCAUUGUAUGAUAAGGUCGCGAAAAUAAUUGUGGAAGAGAGGAAGAGAAUUGGCUACUUUCGGGAAUCCGUGAACGACGUGAGGUUCAAGGCGAAGCACGUGAUGGACCUCAUGAUGCACCCCAGUUUGACCGAGAAGGCCGUCUAUCUCAUCCCCAUGACGGGCACGAGCGAUGGAGAAGCGUUCGAACUACUGAAGCACAUCUUGAAGCCAAGAGAUUGUCCAAGUUUUGGCCAAAUUGGAAGAAUUGUUCGAUAAAAUUCCGGACCAUUUUGGGGAAAUCAGUCCCGAAAUGGAUCACUUGAUUUGGGAAAAGGAUCAAUUUCUGGAAGAAAAUUCUCAAAUUAUAAUGCUAACUGCACCACUGCAUGUACAACUUGGUAAAAAUAUUGACCGGUUACAAGACGAGCUGGGCGUUUAUGCGGUCGAAAGAAGAAAGGCCAUCCUCGCGUUGAGGAGCACGAUUGAAAAUGAUAUUCGCACUCUAAGCGUCCGAAUUCAGAAUUUGCGAUAUGAAUACGCCAAAAUUCCUGUCUAAAAUAUUUAUUAAUGUAAGUAAUCGUGUAUUUAAAGGUGAAAAUUGUGUACAAAUUUAUCUCUAAAAUUUGCACCAAACUGGUGCAUAAAUGUUCUCCUGUAUUUUAUGCAAUCUAAAGAAAAUGCAUGUGAUAAAUAAAUAUUUAAUGGACCGUCCAUAAAUUGUACGACCCAAAAUAGUACACAUUAUCUGAAUGCCGAAGGCAUUUAGAUACAAUUUAUGGACUCCCCUCAGAAAUUUGAUUGUUUUCUACACAUUAAUUAUGCAUAAAUACAUAAUUGACUAUGUAUUUAGGUGUGUGUGUUGUGAAUUAAAACGUGAAAUCAUUUCGAUCUCUGAUCUCACUUUACUCUCUUUAAUAAAUAAAUUUGUCAUGCAAAAGGUUAUCAUGACCUUGAUAAAAAGUUAAUAAAUAAAUGUAUUACAUCUGGGUCAA